UUUACAACGGGGAGACGGUUAUUUAGUUCUCAACUUUGGUGAGAGAGCCAUCUAGUGACAAGCUCGUGAAACACGUGCAAGUGUUGUGUUUGUAUAGUGUUAUUUGGAAUUCCUAAUUUCAAUAAAAUGCCUGGACGCCCUAUUUGGCAGUGUGCUGGAAAGCGCGAACCUGAGAAGGAAGCCGAGGCGCAAAGCUGGAUCGAAUCCGUAAUCGGCGAAAGGUUCCCACAAGGCUAUGCCUAUGAGGAGGCUCUUCGCGAUGGUAUCAUCUUGUGCAAACUGAUGAACCGUCUACAACCUGGUAUCAUCACCAAAGUCAACAUCUCCGGGGGAGAUUACAAGUUUAUGGACAAUAUCAGCCAAUUCCAAAAGGCUUGCGUGAAAUACGGAGUACCCGACGUAGAUCUCUUCCAAACAACGGAUCUUUGGGAUCAGAAAAACAUCGCACUUGUCACACAGACUAUCUUCGCUUUAGGCAGAACGGCUUACAAACACCCGGAAUGGCGUGGUCCCUUCCUAGGACCUAAGCCCGCAGAAGAGAACCGUCGGGAGUUCAGUGAGGAUGUUCUUAGAGCAGGGCAGACAGUGAUAGGACUACAGGCUGGUACUAACAAGGUGGCAACACAGUCAGGACAGAACUUUGGCGCCUCACGUAAAAUCAUUCUUGGCAAGUAGUAGUCUAUGUACCAGUAGAUUAUGAAAGUUAAGGGUAAAUGUAGUACACAAUCUAUGUUAUUAACUAAUAUAAAUAUAAUUUAAAUAUUAUUAGAAUAAUAUAUUUCAAUGUGACAUUUGUUUUGUAUUUUCAUAUUUCAUAAAUUAUGUAAAUUAUUUUAAAUAAAAAACUACCAAAGACACGAUAUUACCAGCUCGUAUUAUGCACUUAGAUAAUUACUGAAUAUGUAAUUACAUACUUCAAAUAUGUAUAAAUUAUGAUAAUUAAAAUUGUCAUAAAUAUUAUGAAUAUAAGUAUAAUAUUGACUUAAGGUUUAUUAAUUUAUACUUAAUAAAAAAUGUACCUGGAGUCAAAUUAAAAAGUUUUUUACUUUUUUUUAACCUUAUUAUUACCUUAUAUUAACCUUGUAGAAAUACUACAAUCUAUUUCUUUAAUCUGUACUACAAUCUGUAUUACAAUUGGAAACCAAUUGUUAUAAGUAUAUUUAAUACCUACUUAUAGGUACAUAUGUGAAUAUAUCUAGCCAAUUCAGACAAUUAUUAAUUUCCGACACCAAACAGUAUGUUCUUGUGAAUUGUUAUAAUUUAUUCGGUCAUAUAUUUAUACGAAAUUGUACCACCUUUAUAAUAGAAUAAAAUUAUAAUUCAUAAUUUUAUUAUAUUAUAAAGAUGGUACAAUUCUAUAGAGUUAACAUUAUACAUGUAUAAGGUUUUAUUUUCUUAUUGUAUUUGUAUUGGUUACAACACCUGUACCUAUAUAUAUAUAGAUAUCUUUUAUGACGUAUUCGUACUUGUGUUUCCGUUUACUGUGAUAUCUCUUAUUAAAGAGGUACUCUUUAUAUUUAUAUGUAAUGGAAGUAGAUACUAUU